GGCGCACGUGGGUCCUCAUCUCUCCAACUUCAGUCGUCAAGUUCCACAAUGGCAAGCAACAUCGGGGACCAAAAGGACACAACGCCGGCAUUCUCCCCCCGCCAAGCCCCCCUUGUCCUGGAUGAGUCUUCCCAUGAACUUGGCAUAAGGAAUCGUGACGACACAGACUUCAACCGCACCAAAAUCACACAGAGAGACCUUGGGAGCCUGAGCGUGAUUGGCAGCCUGACCAAAGUCGAGUACGGGAACUGGGCCGGCCAGGAGGCCUGCUUGCUCGCAUUCCGCUUCCAAUUCCAAAAGGGAAACGCCACGGCCUUUCGCUUCUCCAAGGCUGACAUUGUCAUAGAAUUCCAAGCGAGGCCACCCGGAAACCCAGACCAUGACCCCGCGGUUUUGCGGUACGGACCCAAGUUCCUGCGGUCAACGGGCACGCUGGAGCAACGCGGGUGGCACUACACUGCGUCGCUAUCAGCCAGCGCCGGCCUUGCCGUCGUUGAAGCCGGUCCAGCCGUUGAGUUCGGACGAUCCAGCUUCUACGCACGACAGUACGCGGCUGUGGUGGAAAGCGACGACUGGGGGAACCGUAAGCACCGCCGGCCCAACUGUGUCAAGAUCUGGAUGCGUGAAGACGAUAGGCAAGAGGGUGGAAUUCCUUUGGAAUUGCUUGCAGCCGUUGUUGUCCAGACCGACCGCUCGUUCCAAGCCAACGUGAGCGUAAGGGUCGAUUCCAUCUUCAAUCUCGUCGCGUGGCCUUGGUCAAAAGACGAUCCCCUACUCCUCGAACCCGGAGUCAACUUUGGCCAGCCACUCCGACAGGGAACGUCCAACCUUGAUUUUUCAACAAUCACCGCCGAGGAAUGGCGCCAGCUCGUGACGCCAGAUCUUCAUUUUCGGUAGGGCCACGUUAACCUCAUCGUCGGAGCUCGACGUAUGGCUAAUUCUUGGUCGGUCAUAGAGAACGUCACUAACACCUUCAGAAUGCCAUUUGACGUUUCAAGAAGGGCUUGUUGAAUGAGAAAGGUGUCCGGGCACCUUUCCUCACCUGCUGCA